AUGAUUCUCAUUCACUUACUUCAUUGUAACAAUGGAUCAAUCACAACAUCAACAACAACGACAACAACAAAACAAUCAACAAAACAACCAACAACAACAACAACAAAACAACCAACAAAUACAACAAUGCAUACUACAAUGCAAUCAAAGAUGUUAACUGGGCAUAGACACGUAUUGUUUCUAUUUCAAGAGGAUAGUUUCCCUCCAGCCUAUGUCCCUAUCUUUUUCCAAGACCCCAGACUCAGCUACCUCUAUAUUUUAGAGUUGGUCCAACUCUUGAAAUAUUAUCCAGAAACCUUUAGCAAACUUGCCGACCGUGGUGCAAUUGUUUCACAAAAAAUCGUUGUACAACUUGAUUACUCGACAAGUGGAGAGCAUUACAUCAAUACAUUCAGUCGAUGGAUUGCCCCAAGAAACGAUUGGAAAUUAUCGAUCAAUGUUUGGAGCGAUCUUGCUCUACAUUUUGGUCAACAACAACAACAACAGCAAUGUAAAAGCGACAAUUUCGAUAUUAUAAAGACAAAGAUAAAACAAUGCAAAUCACAUAUGCCACCACUCACAACAAAUAUAGUGUCAUUUAAAAGAAAGGAAAAACAAUUACACGAUAUUGGUAUACUCUAUAUGGAUUUGUUUGGGCAUCUAUUGGAUAAAAAACAAUACAAAUUGUUGGAUUUGGUCAUCAUCCAAGAUCCAAACGCUUUAAUUACCAUUAAACACUCUAUCGAAACAAGAUAUUCAAAAAAAAUGAUAUCUACUCAAACUUCAUUUAAUAUAUUAGAGUAUUAUAAAAAUGUUUUAACUCUUGACUUUAAUAGUCGAAAUAAUAAUCAAAGUCAACAACAACAACAACAUCAAAAAGACAAGAUGGAACAAAUAUUUGAAAUACCACAAAUAACCAAAAAUACAAUUAAUAAUAUAUCUUUACAUUUUGAUCAAUUCUAA